AUGACGGUCCCCGACAAGUACAAGUCGCCCCCUCAGGCGCCCCCCGUCUUCACGGGCACCAAGGACUCCAUCGUCAGCGACUCCAAGAAGAUUUGCGACCAGACACGCGCCCUCCUGGACAAGCUCGUCGCCGACCACACCCCCGACAAAGCCACCUUCGACAAUGUCAUGCGCCCCAUCGCCAAGGACGAGAACGAGAGCGGACUGUCUACGAGGAUCCUCGGCUUCUACCAAUACGUCUCCAAGGAUGCCGCCCUGCGCGAGGCGUCGACCGAGGCCGACAAGAUCAUGGACGACUUCUCCAUCGAAGUCAACAUGAGGGAGGACGUGUUCAAGCUGAUUGACGCCAUCCACAACCGAAAGGACUCGGAGGGUCUCGACGCCGAAAGCCUCCGUCUGCUCGAGAAGGACUACAAGAACUACAUCAAGAUGGGAUUGGGUCUCCCUGCCGGCCCCCAGCGAGACCGCUUCAAGGAGAUCAAGAAGCGCCUGAGCCAGAUCCAGAUCGAAUUCCAGAAGAACCUCAACGAAGAGAACGGUGGUAUCUGGUUUACGCCCCAGGAGCUGGACGGCGUCCCCGAAGACGUUAUCGAUGGGCUCGAGAAGGGUACCGGCGACAAUGAGGGCAAACUGAAGCUGUCCUUCAAGUACCCCGACUUGUUCCCCACCCUCAAGUUCGCGAAGAACCCGGAGACGAGGCGUUCAGUGUUUAUUCAAAACGAGAAUAAGUGCAACCAGAACGUCCCGUUGUUCAAGGAGGCCAUCAUCCUUCGCGACGAGGCUGCUCGCAUGCUUGGAUACCCCGACCACGCCUCUCUCCGCAUCGAGGACAAGAUGGCCAAGACUCCCAAGACCGUCAAUGACUUCCUGGGUGACCUCCGCUCCCGAUUGGCGGCUGGUGGUGCCAAGGAGGUCGAGCACCUGCUUGAGCUCAAGAAGGCCGACUCGGAGGCCCGGGGCGUGUCGAACGACGGCAACUACUAUCUCUGGGACCACAAGUUCUACGACCGGUUGAUGAUUGAAAAGGAAUACAACAUCGACGAGAACAAGAUCGCCGAGUACUUCCCAAUUACUUCUACUAUUGCUGGCAUGUUGAAGAUCUUUGAGGAGCUCCUGGGCUUCGUCUUUGUCGAGCUCAAGCCCGAGGACCGUGCUACCUUGAGCCCUACUGGCAAGGCGGAGGACAUUGCUUGGCAUGAGGACGUCAUCAUCUUCAGUGUCUGGGACGAUGCAACCGAGGGCGAUGGAUUCGUCGGUUACCUGUACCUCGACCUUCACCCUCGCCAGGGCAAGUACGGCCACGCCGCCAACUUCAACCUGCAACCCGGUUACCUGCAAGCCAACGGCUCUCGCAGGUACCCCGCCACUGCCCUGGUUUGCAACUUCAGCAAGCCUACCCCCAAGAAGCCCUCUCUGCUCAAGCACGAUGAGGUCGUGACGCUCUUCCACGAGCUCGGUCACGGUAUCCACGACCUCGCUGGUCGAUGCACCUACAGCCGCUUCCACGGUACCAGCACUGUUAGGGACUUUGUGGAGGCGCCCUCUCAGAUGUUGGAAAACUGGUGCUGGACCCCUAGUGUGAUCAAGUCUCUGUCGAACCACUACCAGACUGGCGAGAAGAUUCCCGACGAUCUCAUUGAGAAGCAGAUCUCAACGAAGCAUGUCAACGCCGCUCUCUUCAACCUCCGUCAGCUCCACUUCGGUAUCUUCGACAUGACAGUGCACACCCCCAAGAGCCAUGACGACAUCAAGAACAUGGAUAUGUCGUCCAUCUACAACGAGCUUCGCGGUCAAAUUGCUGGAAUCAAGGGACCCGAGGCUCAGGGUGAGAAGAACACCUGGGGUAACGGACAGGCCUGCUUUGGCCACUUGAUCGGAGGCUACGACGCCGGUUACUACGGUUACCUCUCAUCAGAGGUCUACUCGACUGACAUGUUCUACUCUGUCUUCAAGUCGGAUCCCAUGAACGGAAAGGAGGGCCGUCGAUACAGGCACACCGUCCUCGAGAAGGGCGGCAGCCAGGAGGAAAUGUUGACCUUGGAGCAGUUCCUGGGUCGCAAGCCCAGUACCGAGUCCUUCUACAAGGAGCUGGGUAUUCCUCAGUAA